CUUUCUUCCUGUGGCAGAAGUCCCGCAACAGGCAGUCCCCUGAUUUCAGAUUCGAGAACCAAAGUCCCUUGAGGUUGUUCUGUUGGAUUCCAAACUCAGCUUUUGAGCUAUGAAAACUUUGAGGAUUUUGUUCCUCCCUCUCCUCCUUCUCCUCCUUCUCGCCUCUCCUCUUCUCCAAGUCGCUAGGAGUCUGGCAUUGUCAGAGGCCCAAGUUGCAGAAGAGGUGGUUGAGGAAGGAGGUGAUCUUGGGAUUGUUGGUGAGGAUGUUGUGGAUUUUGGUGAUGGGAGUUUUAGCCUAGCUCAAGAAGUUGAAACAGUCUGUGUUUUCCCCAAAAACAGUGCCAAAGUGGUUGCUGCUGGAGAAGAGACUGAACUCCUUGUUGGGAUGAAAAAUGUUGGCGAGUCACCUGUUAAUGUUAUUGCAGUCAGAGCUAGCGCCCAUCUUCCCAUUGAUCAUAGUCUGCUGGUGCAAAAUCUCACAGCCCAGGUCUUCAACAAUGCUUCCGUACCUCCUUUGGCACAGGCUACUUUUCCUUACAUAUUUACCGUGAGCAGGUAUUUGCAGCCUGGAACUUUUGAUCUUGUGGGCACCAUUGUUUAUGAGAUUGAUCAAAACCCAUACCAGAGUACCUUCUAUAAUGGCACCAUUGAGGUUGUUGAAUCUGGUGGUUUUCUCAGCAUGGAGUCCGUGUUCCUUGUUACCUUGGGGAUUGCAUUCCUGGUAUUCCUUGGUUUAUGGCUUCAUGGUCAAGUACAACGCAUUUCCAAGAAAACUAAGAGGACUCCAAAGGUGGAAGUUGGAACUAGGACAACCGAUGCUUCAACAGAUGAAUGGCUUCAGGGAACAGCAUUUACUCAGUCAUUAUCCAGCAAAUCCAAGAAGAAGAAGUAAACGAAAAACUUGCCUUGUCUAGCUGCAUCUGGCACACUUAUAGAAGUAGAGAGGCUGCUGUAAGUGUAACUUAUUCAAUCUUAAUGGACUACAAUAGUAGUCCGAGAAUUUAGGCCAGAGAGCAGCUGUUCUUCGUUGUUGUAGUUUUUGAAAGAAAUUUUACAUUUUUAUUUCAUGAGAAUGCUGAAAACCGAGCCUUUUUUAAUCCAAACUCUGAAUUAAGGUAGAAGAUUACA